AGUUCCAAAAGUCAAAAAGUGACUCCUCUGCUUGUUCGGCUGCCGCUCUGCGAGCUGCAUUUUGUUUCGGCUCGCGUAGAAAAUAAAAUCGAAAUUGACGAAAUUAAAAGUGCAAACGUCGCGGGUCUAAUUGGUUCCGUUCGAUUCCGUCGUCUUCGCCGGGGUGUUUUCGGUUCUCGAGUGCUCGGAACAUUUUGCGGUGGUCGAUUUCGCUGGCGGUGUUCGCGAUUCGUGUGUGUUUUGCGGCUUUUGGUGACGGUUCCGAAGGGAGCUGUGGCUUGUCAUUUUUUCUUUCUCUGUUCCACAAGCGGUUGGAGGGCGAUUUUUUUCUGAGUUCGGUGGACGCCGGGGGCGGUUCUGUUGCACGCACCAAAAGUAGACGGGCAAGAAGUACAAGACGAUCUUCGCGCAGAGUGUUGCUGGUGGAGGUGGACGAGUGACGGGAAGCCAACGUAAGGUUUGAUUCUGUGCUGAGCUAAUCAAAAUCAAUAAAAAUGGACACCAAUAACGCAACGGAAGAUCCCGUCAAGGACAUCUCGCCGGAAGAUGAAGCGGUGGCAGAAGAGAAGAAGCCAGCUUCCGAAAAGAAAGAAGAGGUACCCGAAGAGACGGUAGAAGUAAAACCAGCGGAAACAGCUGGAGAUGAUACUGCUGCCAGCCCAGCUGCCAACAAAGCAGAAUCGGAAGAGUUGCCUCCCGAGGAGGCUUCCGAAGAGCGAACUGACGAGAGCUUGGAUGUCCAGGCAAAUCUGAAGACUGAUGAGCCCAGCACGAUGAAGGAAAAUGCCGACAGUGUCCCCGAGGCUCAGUCUGAAGUGACCGCUCUGGAUGAGUCGGAUGAAAAGUUUGAGGAUGCCGUGGAUUCUGAGGAAAAGCUUGAACCAGGGGAAAUCGCCCAACCCAGCAAAGAAGUUCCUCCGCAAGAAGCACCCUCCGAGCCGGCGUCGGCACCGUCCAGCACCGCUCUGCAAUCGUCCUCUUCCGAAAGUCUGAUCACCCUACGGGUAACGGAAUCCUACGAAAUCGAAGACUCGCCGGAAAAAUCCCCGGUCAAAAUGGUACCCAAUCCGGCGGCGAAAAUGCGCCCUGGACCGUCGUCCGCCGCCUUGCAACGGAUGCUCAUCAAAAGUCCGGAAAUUGUAACCGUAGAUUUGGACGAUGACGACGACGAUGAGGAUGAUGACGAAGCCGGAACGGCUGCGGCCGUUCGGGAUGAUUAUGACGAUGACGAGGAGGAGGACGAUGAUUAUGAAGAGGACGACGAAGAUGACUACUACGAGGAUCCGGAAAGUGACGAUCAGGACGUAAGUCGGGUGAUUCAGGGUGCGAUGGAUGCACUGGAAGAUCCAGAAUCCGCGGAGGAUGAGGAAGACAAGAUGGACGUCAGUUCCGAUGAGGAAGAUUACAGUGAAGACGAUGAUCAGCCAAGUGUGGUGGUUCCGAAGGGUAUGGUUAGUGAUAGUGGCAAUAGUGGCAAGCGAAAGCGUAGUGAUUACUCGGAAGAAGAGGAUAUCUACGAUUACGAUGAAGAUGAACCGGAAGAAGAUGCCGAUGAUGAUGACGAUGUGGCAGAAGUGGUAGCAGUAGAGGGGAAGCCUGGCGGGAAGAAGGCUCCCAGAGGUGCGGUUUCUAUGGGGCAAAUUAGUGUGGAAGAUGAAAGUGAUGAAGACAGGAGGGUGCAGCAGGUGAAGAAGAAGCCCCGUAAGAUCACAUACAAAUCGUACCGGCAGAAGCUGAUGGCCAAGAUCCGACGAAGGACCUAUAAAUUAUUAAACAAGCGCAGUAUGCACGUUAUGGAAGAGGGCAGCGAUGCGCUCGUCUGCUCCGAUGCCGCCACCAAGAUAGUCAGUCUCAAGUCGUCAGCCGUCAGUAGCGUGGGGGUGAAAACGGCUCCCGAGGAAGCUGUUAAGGAUCACAGAGUAUCCAAGGAAGAUCAAACGGCGGUGGUUACACCUGUCGAGCUAGUGCGGAAGGAUAGCGAAGAAGCCGUGGUGGUAGCAUCCGGUGAUGCUGCAAAGGUUGUAAGUGAGCACAAGAAGAACGAUGAAAACAAGGAAAACAUGACGGUGAAAGAUAACGCAAAGGAAGAAUCCCGUCAGGUGGAGGUAGAUCAGAAAGCUAAAGUGAAAAAGGAAGAAAAGGUCGAGAAAACCGACCAGGAAGAAGAAGAUGGAUUGACAGAGGAUAUCAUGGACAGUAUCGAUGAUAUUGUCGCGGAUGCAAAGAAGCAGAAUGGUUCCAAAGGUGAUUUCAACGAUGAGCUCACAUUCCAGAUGGAUGUUGAUGGAAGCGAAAAGGACGAUGAGGACAAUUACGAACAUGAAGAAGAUGAAGAUGAGGACGACGAGGAAGAAGGUGCCGUCGAUUUAUCAUCCUCAUAUGAUAGCAAUAAGAGCGAUCGCCAAACAGAUGAAUCAGAUGCAGUAGAAACGAUCGACAGUUCUCCUGAGAAAGACUCCAGCAUAGUUGGAAAGCCCUCAAGGAAGCCAGCAUCCCUUCAGCUGGACCAAAGUCCUUCAGAUAGCAGGAAGAGCAGUACCGAGAAGAUGGUUGUUGUUAAGAAGGAGGUCGAAGAUGAUUCUGAAGACAAUCAGGAAUCUACGAAGGAAUCAACUGCAGUUAGUGCAAAUAAGUCUAGUCCUAGUCGAAAAGAGAAGCAAUCAGAGAAACCGCGAGAACCGGAAGCUGUUUCUCGCAAACGUCGUCGUUCCGUAGACCCAGAUGAUAUGGAUGAUGCCGAAGAACCAUUAGUUCCUUCUAAAAAGCUUAAGCGGGAGUUGGAAUCUAACUACCCAACACAUGAUCGACUGCUGAAAGAGUACAUCGAAACCACUUCCAACCAUUCGGUGGACGACAUCCAGAAGCACACCGAUGCCCUCAUGGUCGAAAUUCAGACCCUAAACGAAAUGAUUCGUGCCAAAGAAAUCGAAUGGAACAAUAUGAUUCAUUUGAAGAAGGUGAAAGAAGAGAUCCUGCUGCGUCUCACGCGGAAGAAACAUGUCAUGGAUGUCAUGCAGACCAAGCUGGGAGAAGUGUCCGAGUACUCCCACUUCGAUUCGUCGAACCUCACCAACGUUCGAUCUGCCUCUGUGGGACCCCGGCCACCUACGCCUCCGCCGGAAGUUGAUAUCCGUCCCGCUUCCGUCACCCCUAUGCACAGCAGCACAUUAAACAAUAGCAAAACCGCUAACGUUUCCAUCAAUUCGAUCUCCGCCAGCCGGCAACUUCCCGGCAGCAAAGACAACAGCCUGUUUGCUCAGUUCAACCACAGCAACAGCUCUGUGACCAUGGUGCCAUUGUCAACGUCAUCCUCGUUGAUCACAUCCACAAACACAAUCCUGCAAUCUCGGGCUAACAUGAAGUCCUCCGAAGUGGCCAAGGAGAAACCAAAUGCCGCCCAAAUCCAGCGGCAGAUCCUUCCCAAGCCGGUGCUGUCCAACCACCAGCAGAUCCUGAACAACCUGGCCAUGUCCGCUGGGCUCACGGCCGCUGGCACCACCAGUUCCGGUGCCACAUCGAUCUCAACCUCUUCCACCACGGCCACCGUUGCCAGUGCCGCUAACCUUCUUGCCGGACUAUCCAACAACAUCCUUGCGGGUUUGUCCGCUCAAACCGCUGCUCUUCUUAACGGACAUCACCAUCCUUCCAAUCAUCUCACCCAAGCGCAAGCCAAUCAGCUGCAGGUCGGACGACAGGGCGUCAUCAAAGACGUCAAAAGUAUUAUCGCUGACUAUCGGCAGAAGCAUCCGGAGCAGGUACCCCGACGAGGCCGUCGCCUGAAGAAUAUCCCCAGCUCCGGUUACGAAGGCAUCACCAUCACCAACAAGAGCGGAUCGUCGCGAAUGCCCGAACUUGGAUUCCUACUGGGAGAGAACUCCCGUCCCUCUAGCAACGAUUCGUCCCAGAGCAAUUCCAACAACCAGCUGCCCAUGGCUGGUCCUCUUUCAACCCCACCCGCAGCCGGUUUUUCCAUCAACGAUGUCCUGGCGCAGUUUGCCAAAAUGAGCCAAACCGAUCGCAACUUGCUGUCGAAUCUGACGGCCGCAGCAGCCGCAGCCGCCGCCGCCGCCGCCGCUAGCAGCACAGCUACCGCAACCUCAUCCACUACUACCCAUUCUUCAUCUUCUUCCUACCAACAGCAGCAACAACAGUCCCAGCAAAACUCCGCUGCCUCCAAUCUGAGCAAAAAUUCAUACCCGGAAGUUACGCUUCACCCGGUGAUGAAUUCCAGCUCCGCCGCCGGUUCCAAUGCUGAAAUGAACCACAGCACCGGAAGCAAUUCCGGUUCUGGCCCCAACCAGUCCCAACAAUCCAACAACAACAGCACCAGCAAUGCCAACUCGACCAACUCGCUGCUGCACGGCAUUCUGACCAAGUCGUCUUCCCGGCCGAACGCGGCCGGUUUCACGUCGUUCUCGCCCACGUUGGCCCGGCUGCUGACCGCGCCGGAGCGGAUGAACUCGCAGGCCGCCACCGUGACGUCCGGGGCACUGGCAAACCUGCAGGCCAACACCGGCCUCAAUCUGUCCAAAUCGAACAGCGAAAUCACGAUCACCCCGGUGGUGGCCUCGAACCUCCAGCAGUCCCUGUUGGCCCACCAGCAACAGCUGCAGGAACAGCAGAAGCAGCUGCAGCGGUUGCGGGAGCAGCAUUUCAUGAGCAUGGACGACGAAGCCGAUGACAGCGUGGACCGCUUGGUCAUCGAUGAGGGUGACGAUCAUCACCAUCACGGAACGGCGAACAAUUCGCGCAACGAUGGCCAUCGCAAUGAAUCGGGUGUAGUUAUUACCACCCGCGGUGGUAACGGACCAGAGUUCCAUGAAAACGAAGUGCCAGAGUGUCAGGGCUGCAAGAAACGGGAGGCCCAAUUCGUGUGCGCCGGCUGUGGCAACCAGUGGUAUUGCAGUCGGGAAUGUCAGGUGAACGCCUGGGAUGACCAUUCGGAAGUGUGCACUGGUUAAAGAAGCACCGCCGCCAAGCAUCAGCGUACAGAGUUCCUGAUGACCAGGUAUUAUUACCUUAUUUUUUAUCUAAAAUGACCAUUGAAAUCAACUACCAAGAGACAUUCAACCAGCAAGCAAGCUAUAGCUAUCUAAAAGAAUAAAGUGCAGCAUCGUCAGUCAUACUGCACCGUCAGUUAUCAGUAUGAAUGAAACGACAAGUUCUUAGAGUUGUACCGAAAAAUUUCUUCUCUACCCUUUUAUAGUAUAACUCCCUUUCAAUCAACCCUUUCAAACACAAAUACCUUAACAAAUGAUUCAAAACCAAUAGGAAAGUUAGCAAACGUUUUAUUUCUCUAUUUUGAUAGGUUCCUCCGCACCUGGGGCCAAACCCCUGGCAUAGAUAUAAAAGCAAAUAAUUUAUCGACAAAAAAACAGGACAUCAAAAUUCACAGUUAGAGGAUAAGUUGCAUUUUAGAGUCAAAUAGGCAGACUAAGCUCUUUUGUAUCACUUCCAUAUCCCCCAUUUAGUUUGUUUCCUAGUUUUAUGGAAUCAUUUACUUUCGCUAGAAUCCUUGGUUGAACAAGUGAAACAUAGAUACACCUAUCUUUAGUGUUGUUUAGGAAAAUGCUAUUUAACAACCACACAAUCAUUUGGAUUCACCCCGACAGACAACGGAUAGUAACCAGCAGUGUAAGAUUCUAACAGCUAAAGAAUUAAAAAAAAAAGAUAUAAAAGUGAAGACGCCACCUGCCAGAGUGCGCUGCAUUCCCCCAAAAUGGCAAUACAGUUCACUAAUGGUAAAUUUAACACGUAACAUUUAAUCAAAUAUAUUUACUAUCACUAUAUUCAAAUACCAGAAAAUACACUCUGACUAAAGCGAAUUGCUAAUAAAAGAUAACAGAAAAUGAAAACGUUCUAGACUUACGCUGUGAGGGGAAACCCCACCAUGCAGAGCAAAAAAAGUAAGAUUACACCGGAAGCAUUGUAACUUAUCGAGCGGAUUUAGUACGUAUAAUUGUCACACUAGGUUUUUUUUUGGAGAAAGUGUAAGAUGCUUUAUUAAAGCAACAAGAAAAUAAAAAAAGCGAAUGUGAGUUGAAUACACAUGUCAAGUGAGAGCAAUUUGAUAAGAUAGCUAGGAGUAGUAGCAGUAGUUGGAUCAAGGAUCAGUAUGUAUGUUUGAUCGAAGAUGCAGCAGCACUUAGUAGGUGUUAACGGAAUAAAACACUGCAACAGAGAAAAUGAUUAGUAA